GCGACAAUGUUGUGCCGUCGUAUGCGGCUAACCGAGCGCCAUCUUCAGCCACCUCGGGAACCUCUGGAAGGACCAAUCGUCCGUCCGUGCACGGCUCGGAAACUGCUUAAUCUGGACACGGCCCCACUCACCAGCACGGCACAUACCAUCACAAUCCCCACCGGGGACGAGGUCACACUCAACGGUGAAGGACCGGCGUUUUCGCCACGUGGGAGGAAAGCGCCCGAGCCGCCCAAAACGCCGCUGAUGAUCGUUAAUUUGAACAUUCCACCUGGAACGGAAACGCUCGCACCCAAAGGAUGCGUCGCACGAUCCGAGAGACACAAACUGCCACACUUUUGCAUCCAACAGCGUCAACCUGGCCGACUCUGCUCGGCUCCAGCUAGCUGUGGCGCAGGUCCUGUCGGUUCUGGAACCGGCCCACCAGGACUUAUUCCGCAGAUUUUCAUCCAGAGCUUUGAGCUGCAGGACCGCCGAGCAACCGAUGGUGCCGGAGGACCUCAUCAACAGCAGGAUGGCUCACGCCCACAGGACGACUCGCAAUGCAACCUGAUCACGGAGAACGAAGAAGACACGUUCGCGACGCUGCUGCUCGACAACAUCUCCAACAUAUCGCUCGAAAUGAUUCAGCGCCAUCAGCAGAAGCUGCUCGGGACGGCGGCUUCCUCGAUGACUGAGGGUCCUCCAAUGACAACGGCAACGACAACGACGGGUCCUUCCGCGAGUGCGGGUGGCUUUCAACACGCAGAAGGAUGCAGCAGUAUGGACCGUUCGGAGAGUAAGACCUCAACUGAAGGGUUACUGCCGCUUGAUGGACGGAUCCGGGGCCAGUCAGCAGGUCCUUCACUUGGACGGUCACAGGACGGACCGCAGGACGAUCCAAACUCAGACAUUCCAGCUGGCUAUCGGUCAUUGUGCUAUCGGACACCGAGUCCCAAGACGCGACAGAUCAUUCGCGUGGACAUCGUAACAAGCCGGGAAAAGGAUUAA